UAGAGUAGGGAAGGAGGGAGAAGGCGUCUAUUCUAUUCUACCAUUCUACCGACCAACGGACCAACCGAGAGGCGAGAACACGAACACGAGACCUUACUUUUUUUUUACUUUUUCUUUACCCAACUCAAGAAGGCGCGCAAACAACAGAGAAGAGAAAGACGGAGUUUGUGCUACGCAUGCAUAGGCCUACCACUAGUUUCUGCUAAUUCAGUGAUUUACAGAUAAAACCAGUGAAAUGUCUGAUGAAGCUAGUCCUGUAGAGAAGAAGAGGGGCCGUAAACCCGCAUCUGACGAUGCAAGCCCUGCUAAGAAGGCCAAGAGUGAAGCAGCAGCCCCAGCAAAGAGAGGAAGGGGACGACCAAAGGGUUCUGGGAAGAAAGCUGCGGCCAAACCCAAGGCAAAAUCUCCUGCCGGAAAAAGCAAAAGAGGACGGCCAAAGAAGGUAGAGAAGAAAGCUGAUUCGGCUGAAGAAGAGGAAGAGGAAGAUGAAGAAAACUAAUCUUGGAUUCCGCAAAAAACAUGUGUUCUGACUUUAAAGUGCUUUAGGUGUAAGUUUUAGUCUCUAUGUGUGGUUCCACUGCCAAGUAUAAAAGCUUUACAUCGAGUAACAAUGUAAAACAGGAUUCACAGUCUUACUUUAUGUCUUUUAUAGCCAGGGUGUACGUUCUUGGUAUAAUAUACAGUACGUGAAAAAUUGGUGAAAAAUUUAUAGCUGGUUUAGUUUCAUGCUUUAUUCUCCAUGAAAUUGUGUAUAGUUGGUAAAACAAACAUCACAUUGAUUCAGACAUUUUAGCAUCAAAAUUUCAAUAUUACAUUCGUAGAUAAUACGUUUAUGCAUUUGAACGGAUUAAAAAUUGAUAAUUUUUAUUACCUAUACUGCUA